AUGCUUUCUUGUGAAUGUGGAAAAUCGGUUGAUGUGGAUGAUCUUCUCACCUGUAUCACUUGCAAAGCUGGAGAAAGCAAUACUAAAUCCGUGCCCAUUUGUGCAAAAUGUUUUGUCGCAAACCACAACGGACAUCAGUUUGAACCGGCUGCAAAACAGGAGAUUCUAUCAAUGAACAACCAAAUGUCAACCUUUUUGCAAAUGAAUCUCAAGACAUAUGAAGUGAUUAUUCCAACAUUGAGCGAAAAAGUGGCUGAAUUGUUAGAAGUGAUUCCAAAGAAUUGUGAAGACUUUGAGGAGAAGAUGCAGGCAAAUGUCUCGUAUGAAAAAGCUUUUGAAAAAGUGGCUGAAUGCAGAGAACUCGCGAAAAACUAUGAAACAAUUUGCGAAGAUUUCGUCCCUCAUCUUCGUGGUUUGGAAAAGAAAUUGCAGCAAAUUGUCGUCAGUGUGGAGAAGCUGAAAACGCUCGGAACGGAAAGCUCAAAA